AUUAGUAAAGUAAGGAUGUCCCAGACUGUCCCUCCGAUUCUCUCUGUCCUCCCCAGUCGGGCUCUGGUUGAUCAGAAGUUCAAGGUGGUGGUGGAGAAUCUGCCUCCAGGAUCUCCAGUAACACUACACUCCCUCCACCACUCUGAGGAAAAUGACUUCUGGGAGGCAUUCGGACACUACAUCAGUGAUCAUGGGGGAACAGUGUGUGUUGCAGAGGAUUUGAGUUUUGGAGGCACGUACACAGGAAAAGAACCCAUGGGUUUGUUGUGGAGUAUGCGCCCUGUCCCAGGCAGCCGCAAAGGCCUCAGGUUGAGAAAGAGGGACGUCUGCAGCCCAAUGUUGGUCAAAGUCUCUGUGUACAGUGGACAUGUAGCUGAGGGCUUCAUGGAGCAGGCUCCUCUGGCAUCGGUGCUCAUAGAGCGAUUGUACAUGGCUCCAGGGGUCCAGAGGAUUGAUAUCAGAGAGAAAGGAGUGCGGGGUACUCUGUUUAUACCUACAGGUCCAGGACCCUUCCCCGGGCUGUUGGAUAUGUGGGGAGGUGGUGGAGGGCUGUUCGAGUAUCGUUCGGCCUUGCUGGCUUCCCGUGGUUAUGUUUCAUUUGCGCUGGAGUAUUUCGCACCCGGUGAACAGAGGUCAGCAGAUGUAGAGUUGAACCUUUUUGAGACAGCAUUUUGUAUUCUCAAAGACCAUCCUCAAGUGAUCCCAGAGAAAAUUGGACUACUUGGUCUUUCCCUCGGCUCGACUGUGACCAUGUAUUUGGCAGCUGAGAGCACCGUUAUCAAGCCUCAUUGUUGUGUUUGUGUCAGCAGCAGCCAUGGUUAUCCGCGUGGAGGGCCCCUCAGAGGAGUCUUUGAACUGAUGCUCAAGAAUUCUCACAUAAUGCGUGUGGAUGAGAACAACUAUCAAAUAUGGCGAGAUGUGGGUCUAGGACUUACCAGUGACCUAUCAAAGAAAGUGGACGUAGGGAAAAUAAACUGUCCAAUGUUGUUGGUCAACGGCGAAGACGAUCACGUCUGGGCCACAGUGGAGUGUGCUGAGGAUAUCGCCCAGAUGAUGCAGGCUGCAGGGAAGGAGCACCUGCUGACCAGAGUACAAUACCCCAACACUGGACAUCUGAUUGAGCCGCCCUACUCACCUCACUUCAGGGCAUCUACCUUUUUCAUACAUCACACAAAACAGAAAGUCAUAAUGCUGUGGGGAGGACAAACCAAACCCCAUUCAGAUGCUCAGGAAGACGCCUGGAGGAAGAUCUUAAGCUUUCUACAGUACAAUCUCUACUGCAGCCCUACUCUCAAAGCCAAGAUGUGAAUGAUUACAUAAGCCAACAAAUUGCUGAUGUGUGAUGAGGUCGUUUUCAUUACCUUAACACUAAUACCACAUGAUAUUUGGUCCUCACUGUAUUGGACCAUGUGCCUUUGUUGUGAUGAAUUGAAGUGCACAUUUAUUAUGUUCAAAUUUUUAUUAUCGUUUUUUAUUAUCAUUAUUUUCAUUAUUUCAUGUCCAAAAAGAAAAGAAAAAUCUUUGCUUAGUUGAAUUAUCUUCAAGCCUUUGAGAUGUAAUGUAUUUACACAUGACAGCAAUUUUAAACAGUUGUGGAUU